AUGGGGAGGCCAUGGAAGACCUGCAGGACAUCGCCAGUAGACAACAGUUCCGGAAAGCACAGGAAGAAGAUCCUGAACUGCAAGAACUAUGAACACAGGCAAAAGACGAGUUUCAUCAGCCGACAUUGGGCUCUGAUCCUGGGAGCCAUUUUAAGAUCCUCUGAGAAGAAUGGGAACAGGGUCCUGCGGUUAUCUCCAGCCCGUCAAGAUAUCAACAGGCAUUCCAACGCCAUGUCCACAGUGCAAGAGAGCUGGCUGCAGGCAAUCUGCAACAGGCCCAACAAUGACAAAAGGAAAGAAGAGGCACGUCAGGAGGUGGGGAAGAUGCAGGCACUAGGUGUCAUCAAGCCAUCUCGAAGCCUGUGGCGAAGUUCCCUGGUACCAGUACGAAAAACAGAUGGAACCCUAAGGCUCUGUGUAGAUUAUCACCGGUUGAAUGAAAUAGCUAUGUUUGAUGCCUUUCCCAUGCCGCAGGUAAUGGAAUUAGAGGAAUGGAUCAGGGCAGCCCGGUUCAUAACCAUGUUAGACCUGGCCAAGGGAUAUUGGCAGAUUCCCGUACGGCCGUGUGACCGCCCCAAGGUGGCCUUUGGAACCCCCUGGGGUCUAUAUGAAUUUGUGAAGAUGCCGUUCAGACUGCACAGGGCUGCCGCCACCUUCCAGCUGCUAAUGGAGUGCAUUCUGGUGCUAUACACAGAAUACGCCACGGCAUAUAUUGACAACGUUGUCAUAUUUACUCAGUCAUGGGGCCAGCAUCUACAUGCCCUUAGAGGUGUAUUGACCGAGCUAAGGAGGGCAGGUCUGAAUGAGACCACCCACAAGCGCGUGAUUGCACACACGUACACCAAGUACCUAGGGUUCCUCGUAGGGCAGGGGACCAUGUGGCCGUUGGAGGAUAAGGUCAAAGCCAUUCACUCUUUCCAGGCCCCGCAAACACUCAAGCAGCUACGAUCAUUUUUGGGCCUGGGAAUUUUUGUCCUAGGAUUGCCAUAUGCUCUUCUCCACAGCGGUUACAGUGGCCUGUUUCUUAUUAUCCUGACUGCAAUGUUCUGCUGUUAUACUGGCAAAAUUCUAAUUGCCUGCCUGUAUGAAGAAAAUGAAGAUGGGCAGCUCGUAAGAGUGAGAGACACAUAUGAAGACAUCGCUAAUGCCUGCUGUAAAAAGCUGUUUCCCAGACUAGGUGGCAUAGUUGUCAGUGUGACCCAGGUGAUGGAACUGAUCAUGACAUGCAUUUUAUAUCUGGUUGUUAGUGGGAACUUGCUGUCACAUAGUUUUCCACAUGUACCAAUGACUGAGAAAACUUGGUCUGUAAUUGCAUUUGUAACGUUGCUGCCUUGUGUAUUUAUCAAAACUCUCAAAAUCAUUUCCAAGCUUAGCCAGCUUUGCUCCUUAGUCCACUUCAUUAUCAUCUUUGUCGUGAUGACUUACUGUCUGACACAAAUACAUCAGUGGUCCUGGACAAGAUUUAGAUUCUCCAUUGAGUUUGAGAAUUUCCUGGUCUCAAUUGGGGUGAUCAUUUUCAGUUAUACUUCACAAAUAUUUCUCCCCACCCUUGAAGGGAACAUGAAAAACCCAGGGGAAUUUAACUGUAUGUUAAAUUGGACUCACUUUUUUGCUUGUGUCUUCAAAACAGCCUUUGCAGUGACUGCAUUUCUUACUUGGGGUGAAGAGACAAAGGAAGUUGUUACUGACAACCUGCCAUCAUUCUUGCAAACCCUAGUGAAUUUGUGCCUCUUAGCCAAGGCUCUCCUCUCUUACCCAUUGCCCUUUUUUGCAGCCACAGAAAUAGUGAAUGCAUGUAUAUCUAAAGGCAAUCAUUUUGGUAACAGUGCUCCGCUAUUUGGUCUAGUUUUAAGAGGCUCACUUCUUUUCUUAACUCUGCUGAUGGCCAUGUGCAUACCACAUUUUGCCCUGUUGAUGGGUUUAACAGGUAGUAUAACAGGAGCUGCAAUGACUUUUCUCCUUCCUUCUCUUUUUCACUUAAAACUUAAAUGGGAAAAGUUAGCGCUCCUGGAAAAAUGUGCUGAUAUUUCUGUUUUUAUUUUGGGUUUUCUUUGCAGCCUGGCAGGUCUAGUUUGCUCAGUAAAGGGGUUGCUUGAAGCAUUUGGAGGCAGCUAAAAGAGCUGUCUUCAUACCAGGUAAAGCCUUCACCCUACAAAUGCUUAUACUUAGUAAGUGAAUAACUGUACUCAAAGGGUGUGUCCCCUUGAAUGUGCACUUGCGUUUUGCAGUGCCACGGACCUGCCUGUGGCACUGCAGACAUCACACAAUAUGCAUGCAGAUGUUUGUUGCACUGCUACUUUGCAGCAUGGCAGGUUUUCUGACAUGGAGAGAUCCCAAUGUCAAAAACACCCAUGCCAAAAAAAAGU